AUGGAGGAACUUCAGUGCAGGCAAAUGUUCAUGGACGAAGAAGAGACGUUCAAGACUAAGAAUAAGAGAGAAAACUGCUCAUUGGCCGCCAUGAAACCACCACCCACCUCAUCAUCAUCUUCUUCACCUUCUCCAUCUCCUUCUUCUUCACGUAGUCGCAGGGGGGCCAGAAAAGGUGGAAAUGGGUUUGCGUGCUGA